AGCAAACGAGCUUCUGCAAAGGAGGAAAGCGCGAGGCACUCAGAGCAGCUGGAGCCUCCCCGGCACUGGGAAGCCGACGCCAGGACACGGCACGCUGUGCCAGCACAUUGCCCAUCUGCCCCUGUGCCUGGGGGGUUCAGUGGUGCCCCGUGAGCUCAAUCUGCCCUGACCUGCUGUGAGACAUAUACCUGCAGAGCCCCACCAUCCACCCAUGCUGCGCUUCCUCUGGGAGAGCAUCUCCUUCCAGAUGCUCCUUGUCUUCCUUGUCGUCUUCCUGCUCGUUGCCGACUACAUGAAGCACAGAAAGCCAAAGAACUACCCUCCCAGCCCCUUCUCCCUCCCUUUCAUUGGGCACAUCUACCUGCUGGACUUCACCAAUCCCCAUACAUUGGUGCAGAAGCUUACUGAGAAAUAUGGGGACAUCUUCAGCGUGCAGCUUGGCAGCACAUCAUUUGUGUUCGUAAAUGGGCUGCGGAUGGUUAAAGAAGUUCUUGUACACCAAGGGGAAAACUUCAUAGAUCGCCCUGAAGUUCCUCUCGACAAGGAGAUCUUUAGCCGCAUAGGACUGGUCUCCUCCAACGGGCAACUGUGGAAGCAGCAGAGGAGGUUCACCUUGACCACCCUCCGAAACUUCGGCUUGGGGAAGAGGAGCCUGGAGGAGCGCAUUCAGGAGGAGUGCCGAUGCCUCGUGGAUGCAUUUGGGGAUGAGCAGGGGAAUCCUUUCAACCCUCACUUUAAAAUCAAUAACGCCGUUUCAAACAUCAUCUGCUCCGUCACCUUUGGCAAUCGGUUUGACUACCACGAUGAGGAAUUCCAAAAAUUGCUGCGGCUGAUGGACGAGACAGUUAGCCUCCACGGGACCAUCAUGAGUCAGCUGUACAACUGUUUCCCGUCUAUAAUAAAGUUCUUCCCUGGAUCCCACCAAACCAUUUUUAAAAACUGGAGAUUGUUGAAAAGUUUCGUGAGAGAGAAGAUCAACAAACACAAGGAGGACUGGAACCCAUUGGAAAGCCGAGACUUCAUUGACAGCUACCUGCAGGAGAUAGCCAAGGAAAAUGGCAACGGCAGCUUCCAGGACGAAAACCUCGUGGCAUGCGCACUUGAUCUGCUGUUCGCUGGGACGGAGACCACUUCCACAACCAUCCGCUGGGGUCUGCUGUUUAUGGCCAUAAAUCCAGAAAUUCAAGCCCACGUGCAAGCCGAGAUCGAUUCGGUCAUCGGGCAGGCACGGCUGCCAGCCCUGGAGGACAGGAGCAACAUGCCCUACACCAAUGCUGUCAUCCACGAAGUGCAGAGGAAAAGCAACAUCAUCCCUUUCAACGUGCCAAGACUGACGGUGAAGGACACAGUCUUGGAUGGCUUCCACAUACCAAAGGGCACUGUUUUGCUCCCAAAUUUAACCUCUGUCAUGUUUGACAAGAAUGAGUGGGAAACUCCCGACACUUUCAACCCUGGGCAUUUCCUGAAGGAUGGUCAGUUCUGGAAAAGGGAGUCUUUUGUGCCAUUUUCCAUAGGGAAGCGUGCCUGCCUGGGCGAGGUGAUGGCCCGCUCCGAGCUCUUCCUCUUCUUCACGGGUCUGCUCCAGAAAUUCACCUUCCAGGCACCCCCAGACACCACGCUCAACCUCCAGUUCCAGCUGGGCAUCACGGUGGCCCCAAAGCCCUACAAGAUCUGUGCUGUGCCUCGGUAGGGAAGCCUUGGCCACCGUCCUUGCAGGGAAAAUCCUUUGGCAGGGAUGCAGAACACGAACCCUGGGCAGUAGUAAUAACCGCCUGGCUCCAGGGAGAGGCUGGGUGGUUUGUUUGCUUCUUCUAAAGCAAUUGCAAAAUCAUUUCUUUUACAAGCGGACCUCGCACUCUGCAUGACAUGGGUAAAGUGAUCAGCCUGGGAUCUGCCAGGGCACUUUUAGGCUUGCAAUAUGGCACUGUAAAUGAGGGACUUGGGGCUUUCCUAAUUUUAUGAUGGAUGGCCAUGCUUCACACUGGCAAGAGAAUGAGCAACACUGUAGAGAGUGCAGUGUUCAGGCUGUGGCUGCGUACUGUAGAAGAGCAGUACCAGCCCUUGUUUUAUAAGUUUGAUAUAGUAAGUGCCCACAUUUUUUGAUUUUGUUAUCCUUGACAAUCCAUUUAAAAAGUUACUCUGUAACUUCUCUUUCACAUGCAUCAAUAAAUGCUUACCAAAA